GGAUCAAGUCCGCAAGAUCUUUGGAAAGUCUCCUAUGAAUCCACGGAAGGCUUCCCUUAAGCACGCGCGCUCCAUGCCAUUCCACAACUCUUCUUCUUACCAAGGCCGGCCCGUUGUGCAAGAAGAAGUGCCCCGACUCGUCUAUCGUGGCAAGCGCCCGCUCCAGAAAAGCGACAUCGUCUAUGUAGAAGGGGUUAUGAACGGUCCUCAACCAGAUGAUUUCAUAGAUUUCCCAGAUUUCCCAGCUGACUACUAUACCCGUAACAUCAUCGACCGCUUUCCUGUACCCCCCACUUCCACUCCCGAUGCCACCCCUAUGCCAUCCUCUGGCCGCGACUCGCCCGUUACCCGCGACGUCGAAUUAGGGUACGCCGUUGAUGAGGAUGAGGGAGUUGAUCAGAAUCAGUAUGCGGGGAAGCAGCGCUCUAUGCAAAAGCCGUCGUCUGUUUCGUGUUUCUCUCGACCUACCGCCAGCGCGUACCCCUCCCUCGCUCAGAGAGGAACAGAUGCUAGAGGCUAUGUGCGUACUCCUGCACCCAGAGGCCCUCGCGAUUCCCCCAGCGCCAGCAGUCGCCAGCGAGCUCGCACUCAGUCGCACAAUGUGAGGUCCACAGUCUCUCAGUCAGAGCAGCCCACCGCAUACCCAAAGUCCAAAGCCCCCCGCCCCCAACUGCGCCCCUCACCCUCUGUCUCCGUGUUAAAACACUCGGCGUCCGUUAACAUCCCGCAAGCAUCACCCGCAAAGUCGUUCCCCCGCUCCACGUCUGUGACAGUCCCUGCAACACCAGCGACGCGCACUCGUAAGGUGAAUGAUAUGCCUGGUCACCCUCACGUUUACGGCUCGAUCACCGGCCGUUCCAUCGAUGCUUGCACUAACGGCAGGGAUAUUCGAUACCACGAUGCUACUGGGGUGUAUGCGCAGGGGAUGACGGCAGAGUAUGGCGAAGAUUGGGAAAAGGCGCAGAUCAAAGAAGCAAGGAGGAGGAGAGCGACGAGCACUAGGAGCCGUCGCAGUGACAAGGCUAGUGCAAGGCACUGAUACGAUGUUUAGAAAGGUUUUAGAAGGUUUUAGAAGGGUUUGGGAAGAGUUUAGGAAGGCUUUAGGAGCAGCCAGUCUAUUGCAAGGCACUGACUAGGCGAUGGAUCGGGAAGGGUUUAGGAAGGGUUUCAUUCUGUUUCGUUCAUUUUCUGCAUUUUUCAUGUAAUCUCGCAAUCAUGUAUGUUUCGAUAUGACCUUAUGGUUUAUGCAAUACAGCGCUCCCAAUAUAAUAU